AUGUUUCCUGCAGCACAGAUGCUCUUUGCUCUGAGUAGCUUCCUAAGAUUGACAAUGGGUUUUGACAUCGGAUUAUCCACUAAGUGUGUAGCAAUACCUAUGGAGAUGGGCAUGUGCCACAGCAUUGGUUAUUCUGAAAUGAGGCUUCCCAACCUGAUGGGACAUACAAGCAUGGCAGAGGUUAUUCCAAAAUCUGCUGAAUGGCAGCACUUUGUGGAAACUGGCUGCCACCCUCAUGCAAGGACAUUCUUGUGCUCUCUGUUUGCACCAGUCUGCUUAGAUACCUUCAUCCAUCCUUGUAGGAGUAUGUGUGUCGCUGUUCGUGACAGCUGUGCUCCUCUGCUCCUCUGCCAUGGACUGUCUUGGCCUGACAGUUUGGACUGUGAUCGUUUCCCUGCUGAUGAGGACAUGUGUCUAGCAUCUCUUAGCAAAGAAUACAAACAUAUUCAUAAAGAAUUGCCAAAGCCUAUAUGCCAGACCUGCCCAGCAGUGGAGGAAUUCUUUACACAGAAAAGAGUACUAGAUGUUUUCUGUGCCAACAACUUUGCGGUGAAGGUAAAGCUGUCCAAAAAGAGAACAGUUUCUGGUGAUCAGGCGUAUAAUAUUGAAUGCCAGGUGGAAUUCAUCAACCAGGGUUUGCUCUUGCCUUAUGAUACUCGGAACAUGAUACAACAGUGGUUGCUUAUGAAUGAAAAUUGUACUCAGAGGAUGACCCAAACCUACCGCCCCAUGGUGUAUCUCAUUGUGGGGAAUAUUGAGGAGGGUACCGUUUUAGUAAACCAAAUUUACCGCUGGCAGAGGAGGGACUCCCAGCUGACUUUGGCCACACGGAAGUGGAAACACCAUAAAUGUUUAUAAAUAUUUAUCUUGUGAUCCCUGAUACAUGUAAAAGGUGAUUAACUCCUCAUACCAAUGCAAUUUUGUAAAUAGAAAUGUAUUAUAAAUGCAAUGUAAAGUCUUAAUGUAAUUUUUUUUAAAUAUGUUAUAACAGGUUGAAUUCAACCUGGGUAUAAGUGGACAUAAGUUCUGUGUGGUAAAUGGUGUUCCAGCCACUUUGGCCCCGCAUGUAUAAAUGUGUAUCCUCAGAUUGUUGUGAAAAAUCUUGCAUAAUAUGUAUAACACUGUCAUAAAACACUUUCUUAUGCAAAUCAUAACAAUGAAUGCUUCUAAUGCUGUUUGAGGUGCUCAGCACCUCUGAAAAAUCUGUCUGUCUACAGUUUCUUAAGUCUUCUUUAUUGUUCAUCACUGUAAUAUCUCAGUAUUGACUUUUACAUGGCUAACCUGCUUUGAUAAAAUUUGGCCUACAGCUACACUAAUAAUCUACUUAAUUUCUUACACUGAUGGAAUGUUUUAAAAGAAGGUGGCCCUCUACUGGACAUUUCUAUAUGGAUAAAAUGGUUUCCUUUUCUGUCAAAUAGACAUCAGUUUGAGUGCCUCAGGGCCAAAGGAACUCAGCCUCAGAAUGACAUGGUUGGAUGGCUAGUUUUAUUUA